AUGGCAAUCACGGAAUCGUCGGUCAAGGCCAACCACGGAGCCUCUGUGCCCGACACAAGCGCCUCUUCGGAGCAAAUGUCUCAAGCUAGUUGGCUCCAGUCUAGGGGCAUCAAGGUCGAAGACCGUGUUCGAUUGGCCAGACUCUCCCAUAUGCGAUAUCAGCAUCCAGACUUGGACGCGUUAUGUGGUUUUAUGCUGGAUUUUGGAAUGACUGUAGCCAAAAGGACCGAAAACGAAAUCUGGUUCCGAGGCUAUGGAAUUGAUCAAUACGAGGAAUUCGACAAAGCAUCGAAAGUACCAGGAGCAUUUCCAGUCCAAGAAUUAUCUGGAGCCCCAGGAGGAGGUCGGAUGGUGACCAUCGCCGACCCGGAUGGAUUUCUCUUCAAUGUGAUCUUUGGUCAAGAAAGACGCGAAGAUGCCUCUACAGCUCCUACGGAGAAGCUGAGGGCCAACUACCCGAAUGAGAAGCAGAGGCUUCGUCAGUUCAACCGCUUUGAACCCGGCCCCGCAGCUGUACACAAGUUGGGCCACUUUGGCUACUCCACGCAACGCUUCGACGAGCUCCUCUCAUUCUACACUUCCCAUUUCAACAUAGUUCCAACAGACUUGCUUUACAUGGAACGGGACGGCCACAGAAUGGAUGUGACGACAUUUAUGCACCUGGAUUUGGGUCAAAACCACACGGAUCACCACUCCUUCUUUCUCGGCGCCAGCCCCAAUAGCUCCCAUGUACACCAUUGCUCUUUUGAGGUCUUUGAUUAUGAUACCCAGCAUUUGGGACAUCAAUGGCUGGCCAGUAAGGGCUACCGGUCCGUCUGGGGCGUGGGCCGACAUAUUCUGGGAUCCCAAAUCUUUGACUAUUGGUGGGACCCAGCUGGCAACAUGGUCGAGCACUACGCUGACGGUGAUCUCGUCAAUGAGGAUACCCCAAUUGGUAUCUUGCCCGCUGGCCAUGAGUCCUUGGCUAUUUGGGGACCUGAGGUUCCGCUGGCUUUCCUGCAGUAA